AUGUUCAACUGCAAGACCUGGGUGCUUGAGGACAGCAGUGCCCUGCCAGUCAACGCCACCUGCAAAGAUCUAGAAAUGUCAACCUCACAGGGUCUGGAGAGGCCCUUGCCGGACACCCAGCAAGCCUUCGUGGAGUACUCGGUCCAGCAGGCCAACCCCGGACCCCAACGAGUAUAUAGGAGAUCCACACGGCGCUGCUCUUGGAGCAGCCUUUCUACUGCAGGUGACAGCGCGAGCAUCGCCUCCGGUCUGACUAGCCCCUAUCCUCGGCUGACGAUUAACGCGCGGGAGCGUCGCCGAAUGCACGAUCUGAAUGCGGCCCUGGACGAACUCCGUAGUGCUCUUCCCUACGGCCACAGUCCAUCGGUGCGAAAGUUGUCCAAAAUUGCAACUCUUCUUUUGGCCAAAAACUACAUCCUCAUGCAGGCAAAUGCUCUCGGUGAGUUGAGGCGACUUUUCGUCUUGUUGAAGGAGCGGAAUUUGCUUCCGGUUACACUGGCUGCAGCACCAUCCCCUCCAAUGUCAACUGGCACCAAUUCGACGACCAAUUUUGUCCAGAGGAGAACUGGCAAGUGA